UUCCAGACAUCCAGAGCCAAAGCAUCGAAGCUUCCAGAUGGAGCCAAACUGUUGCGGCAUCAAGCAGCGCGCUCCAAAGCUAAUAACGCAUCGGGAGAAGCUUACAAAUGGCACCAGGUCGUCAUAGUUUCAACCCAAGCAAGAAACAAAACAAUCCUAUUCGCUCCUGGAUCUUGCUUAUCAAAUAUCUUUGUGUUGGCAUUGCUCUCUUUUCUUCUCUCAUAUUUUGCUCCAAUUUCCAAAGUCUUUAACAACAAUGGAUACCCAGCCUACUGCAGCCCCUACCCCUGCCGCCACUCCUGAAGCAGCAGCGCCAGCUACCACGGUCACGGCAACUACCACUGCCAAGCCAGCUCCAGGACCAGCACCUGCCGUUGUUGUUGCUGCUGCCCCUCCAAACCCACCAGCCCCAGCCAAUCCUUCUGUUGCUGUUGUUGUUGCAGCUCCACCCGCUCAGCCCGCUCCACCUGUUCCAGUGGCUGCGCCAGCUCCGAUUCCGGCUCCUCUAGUUGUCGCAAAUCCUAUGGCUGCCGCAGCCACAGCGGCCCCGGUUGCCCCAGUUCCCGUGUCUACCCAACCUGCUGCACCCAUCCCAGCUCCGAUUGCCCCACCUGUUGUGGCUACUCAACCAGUUGUUCCUAUUGCUCAGGCCCCAGCCCCUGUGGUUCCUACUCCUUUGCCCGCCCAACAUGUUGCCCCGACGCCAAUGGUUAUUGAUCCUGUCCCCACCCAACCAGUUGCUCCAACUCCCAUGGUAGUCGCUCCUGUGCCUACUCAACCCGUUGCCCCACCUCCAAUGGUUCCCGCCCCAGCUGUUUCUGUUCCAAAUCCUGUUCCAAACCCAAUGGCAGCAGUCGCAGCUGCACCAGUUCCAAUCCCCACCCCAGUGCAAACAGCUCCUGUCCCACCAACCUUGGUAGCAGCUCCUGCAAAUCCAAUUGCCGUAGCGAUACCAGCACCGGUCAAGCCUGUUGUUACCCAGGCUCCCCUUGUGGCCAAUCCAAUGGCGACUGCCAAACCAGCUCCCGUUCCAAACCCCGUCUUGGCUCCAGCCCCAGUAGUGACCAGGCCAGCCCCCAUUGCUGUCAAACCGGCUCCUGCUUCUACCACGAUCACGGCGGGGGCCAAGCGAGAAGCACCGACUCCUACUGCUGCAGCCAAGGAGGGACAACCAGCUGCCAAGAAACCAGCCACAGGGUCGCAUUCGCAGCUUCAGCAACAGAUCCAGCAACAACUCCAGGCACAGCUCCAAGCUCAAUUGGCAGCCGCCGCGGCCAGAGGACAGCAAGCCAAUAUCACUCCUGCGCAAAUUCAGGCUCAAGCGCAGGCAAUGGUCCAGGCAGCUGCUCAAGCGCAGGCGGUGGUGGCGGCAGCCAAGUCUCGCGGAGAUGGGUUGGUCCCCAUGAAUGCCUCCCAGAUUAAUGCACUCAGCCAGAUUCAGGCUCAAGCCAUUGUCCAUGCUCGCAAGAGUCCGGGAACGCCCUCGCAGAUUCAAACCCAAAUCCAUUUGCAGGCGCAGGCAUUGGUGCAUGCUCAUACACAGGCCCAAAUCCAGGCUGGUAUCUAUAAGGGAGAUGACAAGGGUGCCGAAGGCAGCUCGGGAGCCAAGAAGAAAGCUACACCAAGCAUGACACCGAAACAAAUGGAGGAAAUGGAUCAGCUCAAGCAAAAGCAGCGACAAGAAACUCAGAAUCUGAUUGCUACGAGUGCAUCUCCCGAACAGCGCAAGGCUCUUGACCAUACUCAUCAGAAGCAACGCAAAGAAUUGCAAGCGUCUUUUCGGGCAGGGACAAGUGCCGCCAGGCCUGCGGCUCGAUCUGUUCCUGCCGCUGUCCGUGUCCCCAAUCCUGUAGCGGCUGUGGCGGGAGCGACCGCCGCUCCUCCUGCUACGACGGCGCCUCAACCGAUGCAAAUCAGUACCCCGACACCGGCGCCAGCACCUCUCAUUGCACCGGCUCCCGUGGCUCCGGCACCGACCUACGCGACGGCACCCGUGGCAGCGGCACCUGCCCCCAUGGCUCAUCACAAUCACCACGCCGCGGCUCCUGUAGCACAGCAACCCAUGGCGGUGGGCCACCAGUCGACAGAACCACCCCCCUCCAGCAAUUCGCCCGCCUUUUUGCAGCAAUUGAAUUCGAGCUUGGGCAACUUUUGGACGGAAGAAAUGCGUGCCAUCGAAGGACUGGAGAAUCAAUCGGAGCAGGAUUUCAAGAAUCACAACGAUCUUCCCCUGGCUCGCAUCAAGCGCAUCAUGAAGAGCGACGAAGAUGUUCGAAUGAUCAGUGCCGAAGCCCCUGUUUUGUUUGCCAAGGCCUGUGAAUUGUUCAUUUUGGAUUUGAGCAUUCGUAGCUGGAACUACUCUCAGCUACACAAGAGACGGACGUUGCAAAAGGAAGACAUCCGGGAAGCCAUUCAGAAAACGGACAUUUUUGAUUUCUUGGUUGAUGUGAUCCAUUAGACGUGUAGUGUAUGUGGGCUUCGAUGUCUAUGUAGUGGAAUAAGAAAAGGGUUUAACUAUGUCCGUUGUGAUUC